AUCAAUCCAUAGACAUUGUAGUUUCCAUUCCGACUUUGACGUCUCCUCCUUUUUCUUUCGGCCAUUAACGCCGAAAGUUUGGUGUUCACAUUGAGUCACGGAUCCAUUCGUGGCCCUUAGAUCACUUAUUUAAAAUCCAUUCACGAUGGUGCAGAAGAAGCCCAAAAAGAAGGUUGGAAAGAAGAUCGCGGCGGCCCCGCUGGUCGUAAAGAAGGUUGAGCCUAAAAAGGUAGUCAACCCACUCUUCGAAAAGAGGGCCAAGAACUUCGCUAUUGGCCAGGAUAUCCAGCCCACGCGCGACCUGUCCCGGUUCGUCCGCUGGCCGAAAUACAUCCGCAUCCAGCGGCAGAAGGCGGUGCUGCAGCGCCGGCUCAAGGUGCCGCCUCCGAUCAACCAGUUCACUCAGACCUUGGACAAAACCACAGCUAAGGGACUCUUCAAGAUCCUGGAGAAAUACAGGCCCGAGACGCAGGCCGUUCGGAAAGAGCGCCUAAAGAAGGCUGCGGAGGCCAAGGUCGCCAAGAAAGAUGAGCCCCUGCCCAAGAGGCCCAACACCAUCCGCUCCGGCACCAACACCGUGACCAAGCUGGUGGAAAAGAAGAAGGCACAGCUGGUAGUCAUCGCCCACGAUGUCGACCCUAUUGAGCUGGUCCUGUUCCUGCCGGCCCUGUGCCGCAAGAUGGGCGUGCCCUACUGCAUCGUGAAGGGCAAGUCCCGCCUCGGCGCGCUCGUGCACCGGAAGACGUGCACGUGCCUGGCGCUCACACACGUGGAGGCGGGAGACCGCGCGGCGUUCACCAAGGCCGUGGAGGCCAUCAGGACGAAUUUCAACGAGCGGUACGAGGAACUGCGCAGGCACUGGGGCGGCGGCGUGCUUGGCAACAAGUCCAACGCGCGCAUCGCCAAGUUGGAGAAGGCGAAGGCGCGCGAGCUCGCGCAGAAGCAGGGUUGAGCUGAAUAAAUCUUAAUGCGUA